UCCGCCUCAAGAUGGACUUUGCCGUCGUGCCGCUCGUCAGUCUGAUAUACCUCAUCUCCUUUAUCGACCGCUCCAACAUUGGUAAGUGAACACGGCCCUGCAACGCCAAGCUCUCGGGCCUCGAGCGCGACCUCCACAUGCGCGGCUACGACUACAACACGGCCCUCUCCGUCUUCUACAUCACCUACAUCGUCUUCGAGAUCCCCUGCAACGCCGCCUGCAAGUACAUCGGCCCGGGAUGGUUUCUCCCCGCCGUGACGCUCGCCUUCGGCAUCACCUCCAUCGCCACCGCCUUCGUGCAGAGCUUCAGCGCCCUCUGCGGCGUCCGCGCCCUGCUCGGCGUCUUCGAGGCCGGCAUGAUGCCCGGCAUCGCCUACUACCUCUCCCGCUGGUACCGCCGCUCCGAGCUCACCUUUCGCAUAUCCCUCUUCAUCGUCUCCGCCGCCCUGGCCGGCGCGUUUGGCGGGCUGCUGGCGUCGGCGAUUGUGAAGCUGCCGUCGUUUGGGUCGCUGCAUACGUGGCGCAUGAUUUUUGCCAUUGAGGGCAUCGUCACCAUCGUCAUCGCCCUCGCCGCCUUCGCCCUCCUCACCGACCGCCCCGAGUCCGCCAUCUGGCUCACCCCCGCCGACAAGGCCCUCGCCGUCGCCCGCCUCAAGGCCGAGCGCAUCGGCACCACCGAGCUCGUCGACUCCUUCUCCAAGGCCAAGAUCCGGCGCGGCAUCCUCAACCCCGUCGUCCUCCCCACCUCGGCCAUCUUCCUCCUCAACUCCAUCACCGUCCACGGCGCCUCCUUCUUCCUCCCCUCCAUCGUCGGCACCCUCUACCCCGACCGCUCCGUCACCCAGCAGCAGCUGCUCACCGUCCCCCCUUACGUCGUCGGCGCCACCGGCUGCGUCGUCCUCAGCUACGCCAGCUGGCGCCUCGAGCGCCGCGGCAUCUUCAUGAUUUGCGUCGCGCCCCUCGCCGUCAUCGGCUACGCCCUGUUCCUCGCCCCCUCGACGAGCGCCUCGGUGCGCUACGGUGCCAUCUUCCUGCCCUUCUUCGGCAUGUUCGCCUACGGGCCCUUUACCAACGCACAUGUCGCCGCAAACGUCGUCUCCGACACGGCCCGCGCGUCGGCCAUUGCGACAAACGUCAUGUUCGGAAACAUUGGCGGCCUUGCCUCCACCUGGGCCUACAUUGCAAAGGACGCACCCCGCUACAACAUCGGCAACGGGCUCAACAUUGCCUCCCAGGCGCUCAUGUUCGUCAUCGCCGUGGUGCUCUACUUUUGGAUCAAGCAGGACAACAAGAAGCGCGCCGAGCGCGACGUCCAGGGCGCGCUCGAGGGCAAGUCUUUGCAGGAGAUUCAGGACAUGGACUGGCAGCAUCCGGGAUUUCGCUGGCACAACUGAAGCAAGAGAAGAGAGAGACGACAGGUAUUGGCGGUUGGCUUCUUUUUUUUUUUUUUGGUCCGUGUGCAAGCUACGAUGGAAUGCUGCGUAUGUAUGUGUUUGAGUGUGUGUGUCUGCCUUGGGCGCACUGGCUUUCUCAGCCUCACGGCGCGUGACUCACAGGGGCAUCAUCACCACUGAGCAUCACCGCUGGACGUUUAAAAUGCACGUUUGCCGUGCGCGCCGUCGUUUUCGCUCAUAGUUCAUCCAUAGUUGCCAAUACUCAUCACCAAGCGUGAUCCAGGCUUCAUACGGUCCAUUCGCAAAAUGACAACCUCUUCGGCGCGGCUCAAGAUCGCUGUCGUCGGCUGCGGCCACGGCAAGCUAGACACCAUAUAUGCCACAGCAGAGGCCCAGUGCCGCCAAAAGGGCUGGUCCAUCGCCGACCUUGACCUGCUGCUCAUCUGCGGCGACUUCCAGGCCGUACGCAAUGCCCAAGAUCUCAACUGCAUGUCGGUUCCACGCAAGUAUCGCGAGCUGGGCGACUUCCACAAGUACUACUCUGGCGCCGCCGUCGCGCCCGUCCUCACGCUCGUCAUCGGCGGCAACCACGAGGCAUCCAACUACCUGUUCGAGCUCUAUCACGGUGGGUGGCUCGCGCCCAAGAUAUACUAUCUCGGCGCCGCGGGAGUUGUCCGGUACGGGCCUCUGCGUGUGGCCGGUCUGUCGGGAAUAUACCAGCGAAAGGACUACCGCGGCCCUCACCACGAGCGCCUCCCGUAUGAGCGCGACGACAUCAAGAGCGUAUACCACGUCAGAGAAUACGACGUGGAAAAGCUCCUCCGACUAGAGAGCGGCGUCGACAUCGCCAUGAGCCACGACUGGCC